AUGGGAGCAGACACGCUAGGGGCCAUCCUCAACUCACCUGCCAUUUUACAGGUGUCCAAGCUGGGCCCAGGCAAAUUGGUUGAAACUUUGAACUGGCACGUGUCUACAGUUUAUGAUGAGCAUGUUGGGACGCCAUUCAACUUCAUCUAUGAUGUCUUGCAGUUCUCCUCUGGGCGCGACAAGUUUUGCGCUCUCAUACAGGGCUAUUCCAAAUUUGCCAGCGAGGUACUGGCAGAGCCUGACAGUGAACGCCACUGGAUGUACAGAGGAAUUGAGGACAGUCUGAGCGACGGACGAAAAAUCUUCAGAUUAUUCAAGGAGAUGAGAGAAGUCUACAAGGUGCGCCGAGGAUGGAGUCGAUUUUGCCAGGGUGCGCAGGAGCAUGGGCCGCUGUCGGUUCCAGCCACUUGUGGGGUGCUAGACAUGCUGGGCCACACGUGUUCGUUCUUCUACUACUUAGGUGACAACCUUCUUUGGGCCGCGUCAGUUGGCCUCGUGCGCUCGAAGGAGGUGCCGCAGAUGCAGAGAAGGAUGUGGAAAGGCUUUCGCAAGAAUGGUGCCAUUUUGAAAGCUUUGGGCGGAGUUGCGAAUGUCAAGCGCAAGCGGAAUUGGGCAUCUGUGUGGAGACUCAAUUUUGCGAUCUGUGCAAACCUGCUUAUGCUGUACAAGGCGGUACUGAGGCUUGGGCUGAAGCGCGUGGCUGAUCCAGAUGACCCACGACUUUUCCACACUGUGGAGAUUGUUGGCAUGGUUGCCAGCUACAGGGUCCUCCUCUCCAAGUUGAAGAUUUCCACAGCAUCCCAUGCAAGGCUUGGUCUGCUUGCCAUGUUGGCCGCAGCCUGUGGUAUUUGGAGCAAUUGGCGCAAGGUGAGGCGCAAGAACUGCGGCACUAAGACAUGGUCACAAACCUGA